UUUCCACGGCUUCCCCUCCUACACACACACACACACACACACAUUUGUCUCCGAUUCUUUAACAUGAGCAUAUCCAAGUUGUUGUUUUGUAAAACUUGAAGGUGAAAGCCAAUGUACGUCCGGUAGCGUGAUGACGUCUCAAAUGUCAAAACAGCGCACAUUUGACAUCAAGCGGAAAAUCAGUUCGCUGACCCUUUGCGGCCGGCGCGCACUUCAGCUAGUAAGAGGAUUGAAAAGAAGACAAGAGGCGCGCGGCAGCCGCCGACGGGAGGCCCGUGAGGCGGGCGGGCGUGCGUGCGUGCGUCACAUGGAGGCGAUGGCGGCGGAGCAGGUGGAGGCGCAGGUGGAGCGUCUGCUGGGCGGCCUCGGCUGCGAGGUGGCGCCGUGCGACGUCGGCCUGGAGCAGAGCAAGCCGGCGUCGCUCGGGAACAACGUCACCUACAUCGUGUGCGCCGUCAUCUUCAACGACACGGAGGAGAUUCUGAUGGUCCAGGAGGCCAAGCAGGACUGUUACAAGAAGUGGUACCUGCCGGCGGGGAGGGUGGAGGUCGGCGAGAGUCUGCAAGAGGCGCUGCGGAGAGAGGUGAAGGAGGAGGCGGGCUUUGAGUGCCGGCCAAUCACCUUGCUGCUGAUCCAGGAGCAGGGACCUCAGUGGAUCCGCUUUAUCUUCCUGGCCGAGAUCACGGGUGGGAGCAUCAAGACUUUGCUGUCGGCGGAUCGGGACUCUCUCCAGGCCACCUGGUGGGACCGACGCGCCCCUCUCCCGCUGAGGGGCCGGGACAUCCUGCGGCUCAUCGACUUGGGGCUCAAGUACCGCCGCGACGCCUGGCAUCCCGUCACUCUGCCUCUGGACACCGGCUGCCGCCACGUGGUCCAGAGGCUGGUGCUGAUUUUCAGCGCCGACUCCAACGUCUGGCUCCUGCUGGUCAAAGGCCCCCGGCCCCACCUCCCCACGGCGGCGGCUUUGAAGACUCACGCCGUCACGUGGGCGGCCGACACGGUGGCGCGGGACGCCGUGCCGUCGGCGUACUACGAGCACAACGUCAACACGCUAGGAGUGUUGAGCCUGCAGCAUGACGGACGGCAACACGGAAAGACGGACGGCGUGUGCUUCAACACGCUGGUGGCCCUGCAGCCCGACGGCGUGGCACGCCGGGAGGACGGCACCGGGAUCCCGCCGGCGCCGCCUGCCCGGGGGCCGCCGCCCGUGGAGAACCCGCGCUACGUCUGGCACCGGGUCCUGUCGCCCGGGCUCAGGGACAAAUUGCUGGAGAAGAGCGCCACGGCCGCCAUUCUGCCCAUGCACAGCCUUUACUGAUGACCGCCAGUCGCCACGUGAAGGCCGCCGUCCAGCGCCAAAGCUGAUGUCCCUCCCGCCGUUGCUGCCGGCGGGCCUAAUAAAUGUCCACUUGACGUCUCUGCAUGUUUCAAGCACCAUUCAUUCCAAUCAAUACAGCAAGUCAAUACAGCAACUUUGCAUGUUCACAGACAAAAAUGUGAAGACAGUCUUGGAAAAAUGAGUGUGUGCGUGCGUGCAAGCUUUGUGAUCACGUUUCCUCGCUUGUCUUCUUGCUCACGUUGAGGGGAAAAAUGUGUUGUUCAUCUUUCACAAUGACUAAACUUUGUCUCGAACAACGAA